AGCCGUCGUGGUAGUAUCCAUUAGAGUCGACAGUUUGAUACUUAUUAUCAAAGUGCCAUGGUCUACUUCGUGAAAACCCUGCUCGUCACGUUCAUAAGGCGCAUUCUCUUCCUGCUUUUCACGCUCGCCCUACCCAGGUGCGGCUACCGUGCGCAAGAAACCUCUGACAAGUCAGAAGACGGGAGAACCGGACGGGGUGAUGAACGCGGAGGAGGAGGAGGAGGAGGAGGAGGUGCAGCCACUUCUACAACAACAGUACCGAGGAUCACAGAUGAAAUAAAUGACGCUACUAGAAGUUCCGUUCCUGAUGAAGUUGAAGACGACCCGAAUUUCAAGGUGAUUUUUCUCCACAUCCCCAAGACCGGCGGAUUGUCUAUCGAGAAAACUCUUCGGGCGAUCCACAAACUCGCGACCUAUGGCACUGACGCAACGAUUCAGGGACACAGGCAGGCGAUCGGCGGGCACCUGCUGAAUGUGCAGUUAAAGAGGAAGAUUGGGAGAUUGCUGCAGAAAGGUACUGGGCGGGAUGAGAACCAUAAAACUUCUAGUACAACUACCGCACAAUUUGACAUUAUUUCGCAGGAGCUGCACCAUCAAACCGCACUGAAGGAGAGCGACUUUCCGGACUUACCGAGCGACGUGCUCGCGAAUUCCGCAAGCUGGCCGGUCUUGACCAUCACCAGAAACCCCUACGAUAGACUGUGGUCCAUAUACAACUUUCCCUUCACCCUGGAGCACGAAAACGCUCCGUUCUGGCGGCCGCCGCAACAAACCUUCGAGCAGUUUGUGCUGAAUUUCCAAAAUAUGAAUUGCAAAAUUAUCGUACUAGUAUAAAUUGCAUGUCAAAUUGAAUUUGUAAUGCGGAUUUUCCUUAAGAAAAAUAUUUGUAAUGCAUAAAAGCAAUUAGUACGAGUACGAUAGUUUUGCACUGAAUACAAAAAGACUACCAAGAUUUGCAGGUCGGCGGGACGGCGCCCCUGGGGAAUCUGAUCGAGUUUUUAUCCUGUGCAAAAGUAUCGUACUCGUAGUAAUUGCAAUCAUGCAGUAGCAGUACAAAUUUUUUUCUAAAGGUAAAUCCGCAUUACAGAUUUUAUUUCUCACGCUGAGGAAAUUUGUAAUGCAUUUAUACGAGUGCGAUGCUUUUGCAAUGCAUAGCUUUUGAUCAAGGACAAAUUUGUCGUGGAGUACACCUACACUGGAACCAUUUACAACCGAACCGAAAAAGUCACGCACAGUGCGGUGGAUCCUUCGCUACUAAACCGGGGCGUGAUUGACAAAAAAACGCACCUACUGCCGACGGACUACUUGCGGUUUGAAAAUUUGGAGGCGGAUAUAACCUGCUCAGCUGUUACAAUCUCAAGCGUUACGAAUAGAAUAUGGAAAUGGAAAUUUAUGAUGCGAGAGUGCAUGUUCUAGCCAACUCUCAAUAGGAGUGCGCAUGACAAGUUCCGGAGUCCCAAGCCGCGCUACAAUCUGGCGAAAUUUGUAUUGCAGAAAGUGGAACCCUCUGCGAGUCUGUCAUGCUCAUCGUGCAGCAUAAGUCUCAAACUCUAUUGUAACGUUCGAGCUUGUAACACCUGAGCGGGUUAUAGCGGACUUUGACCACUUUUGCAAAAAGUACAACAUCCUGAACGCGCUGGCAUUGCUAUCCUCUGCAAAAACGUCACCACCCGCACCCCAGAGUCAAGUUGGGAAUCUAGCAACACAAAUCUCCAAGUUUUGGGAGCUGUGCAUGACAAGUCUUCCUCUGUAGUGCAGUGCCGUGGUCGGCAAGUGAAGCCGCAUAAGAAUAAGAAAGCCAUUUUAAUACCAUCCUGUUUACAGCAUUACAAAUUCCAAAACACGCCUGGCAAUGCCUGUGAUGGAACUGCGCAAUACAAAUGUUCGUAUCAUUGCGCAUUUGUAUGACAACUCUGGGGUCGUGGGGACGUUUUUGCACGGGAUAAUUGCGAUUGGUGAACACGAACCCAGUACUGCACACGACAAGUAGUCCACCAUCUAGUGCAGCUGUCGUGAACAUGGGCGGAGGAGGUGGUGUCACUUCGACAUCUAGUACAACUGGCGAGCAGCAGGCGGACCACAGCGGUGUUGUAGUCGGCACGUCUCCUUCUGGAAGUACAACUCCAGCUUCCUCUUCCGUCGAAACAGAAGCUGGGCAAAGUGGUGGAAAAAUGUUGACGGAUGGUGCCACGAUAACCGCAGAGCAGAUCAACUCUGAGUUGGAAUUUACCAGACAGCAACUUCUUCUCCAAAGAGACGCCGAAAUUGAAAAACUGAAAAGAAAAAAUAUCCAACAAAAAAACUGCGUCAGUGUAGGUCGUGUGGUCUUAGAGUGACAGCAUGACAAAUUUGCUCUACAUUAUGACAGAGAAAGGGACGAGGCUGUCAUGCACACGACCUAGCGCAUCGGGACACGUGAAUGAAAAGAGGUGAAGAUCAACAGCGCUGGCCAGCAUGACAAAUGUUGUGACUACUUUAUGAAUGUUGUAUGCUUUUAUGCAUGACAUCAGACUUACUGUUACUCUCACGCAGUUUCAUUCUUCGAUAAAAAUGGAGAGAAAACUCCACGAGGUCAACACCCGGUAUACUUUUCGCUAUCCUGAGUAAAAACAUCCCCACACCAGAGUCAAGAUGGGGAUUUUGCAACACAAACCUAGAACUUUUGGGGGUCACGCAUCACAAGUUGCAGUCCGUAGUGUAGUGCAGGUUCGCAAGGCCAGCUGCAUCAGAAAUCCAUCUGCUGAUCCUUUUUACAGCAUUAUAAAUUCCAAAACACGACUAAAAAUGCCUCUCCUGGCGAUGCGCAUUACAAAUGUUUCUGUCAUUGCAAAUCUGCAUGACAACGCUGGUGUGGGUACGUUUUUACUCAGGAUAUUCGCAUGCGACGCUUCAUGGAGACCGUUUUCGCGGAAGAGAUGCGGCUUUUAUGCACAAAAAAAAGAUCCAUCCCCAUGAUCCACUUUGUCAUGCAAAAGAUGCGUGCAGUUCUGUGUUUGUCAUGUGAAAAAUAGAAAUGGGGAUUAUCAGAUACUUUUUUUGUGGAUAGCUUUUUGACUACUCCUACGAGGGGUUUCUCGCGCGGGAGAGAAGCCGACAGUAUCCCCCAGAAAAAGACCGACAGGUCAUUACUAUCUAUUAUAUUCAUGCGAAAAAAGAGGUCUACAGAGGAUAGAAGAGAGGUGGCCGAGAGGUCAAAAAGAGGUGAAAAGAGGUCAAAAAGAGGUCCACAGAGGUGGAGAGGUGGCGCGGGAGGUCAUUCGGGAGGGUGGCCGAGAGGUGGCGCGGGUAUAGCCAGCCGAACCGGUCGCCCUAAAGCCGCGCCUAUGGGGCCCGGAGGUGGCCGAGAGGGUGCCAAGAGGGUAAGCGAGAGGGGGACAGAGGUGCCGAGAGGUUGCGCGAAUAAGGGCGAACCUCUCGCGCACCCUCCUGGCCACCUCUCGGCCACCCCUGUAGACCUCUACCGGCGAGUAUAGCCGGACUAUUAGCAACACCUCUCGCGAGAGGUAAAAAAGAGGGCCAGCGAGGGGGUACAAACAACCCGAAUCCGCCCGGUACAGGGCCGAUCUUCUGGGGAUUUUUGCAUCGUUUGGGCCCGCACCCUCUCGCGCCGCCCUUUCGCGCCACCUUCUCGCGCACCCUCUCGCGCCACCCUCUCGCGGUACCCUCUUGCGCCAGCAGCUCCGUCGGCCGGGAAGCCAUUGGGCGGGGGCAGGAGAGUGAUCAACACAGGGCAGCGCGGUCCCCCUUGUGCUUCGGCACUUACGCCGAGGCGGCUUCUCUUUGCCCCCAAGCUUCGCUGCAGCUGCUCCCUGCGCAUAGCGCCUAAAGGCGCGGGAAGCGCGCAGGAGACCCUGCGGGUUUGCAUGGCGCAAAACGGCGACAAUAUGUUCCUCGGGGGGGGGGCUGUCGCGCUGCGUCCAAAGCUCUGGCGCGGCGUCCCGAUCCGCAAAUAGUCCUGCCCCGCCACAACAGCCUAGCGCCCCGGCGUCAGCCGGGGCAUGGCUGGUAUUUGUAAUGCAAAAAUAAAUAGACAAAAAAAUCUGUAUUGCAUGCCCUAAACAGGAUGUUAUGGCCUCGCCCAUGACAGAUUUUCCUGUGUAUUUAUUUUUGCAUUACAAAUACCAGCCAUGCCCCGGCUGACGCCGGGGCGCGAGGCUGUUGGGGCGGGGCAGGAUUAUUUGCGGAUCGGGCCAUAAUGCCACAGGCCUAAUAUGCAUAAUGAAACAUACUGGAGUCCUGCCGCCUGAGUUUGCGCGGCGCCAACCCGCAGGACCACUUGCGCGCUUCCCGCGCCUGUGGGCGCUCUGCGCAGGGAGCAGCUGCAAAGGACACCGGGGGCGAACAGAAGCCGCCCGGCGCGGGAGGGUGGCGCGAGAGGGCGCGCGAGAGGGUGGCGCGAGAGGGUGCGCGAAAGGGUUCGGGCCUAAGCAUGAAAAGGCCGCAAAAGAAUCAGCCUCGUGCCGGGCGGAUUCGGGUUUUUCUACCCCUCUCGCAGACCCUCUUUUUGACCUCUCCCGAGAGGUGUUGCUAAUAGUCCGGCUAUACUCGCCAGCAGAGGUCUACAGGGGUGGCCGAGAGGUGGCCCAGAGGGUGCGCGAGAGGUCCGCCCAUAUUCGCGCAACCUCUCGGCACCUCUGUCCCCCUCUCGCUUACCCUCUCCCGACCCUCUCGGCCACCUCCGUCCCCCAUAGGCGCGGCUUUAGGGUGAACGGUUCGGCUGGCUAUACCCGCGCCACCUCUCGGCCACCCCCUCGAAUGACCUCCCGCGCCACCUCUCCACCUCUGUCGACCUCUUUUUGACCUCUCUUGACCUCUUUUUGACCUCUCGGCCACCUCCCUUCGGCCCUCUGUAGACCUCUUUUUUCGCAUGAAUAUAAUAGAUAGUAUUGACCUGUCGGUCUUUUUCUGUGGGAUAGACAGGAGAUGAAGUUUAGGCUGAAAAAAAACAUCGUAGAGUGGAAGUAUCGAAACAUACUAGACCGACUAGAGGAAAAAUCUUUCUCAGUAGAGAAGAUGAAUACGGUAGUACACGACAACAUCCCUCCACCAGUCUUAAGCAGCCCGAACGCCACGGAGGAAGCCAUCGCGUAUGCGGAAGUGGUCCACAACAAGCACUUUCAAACCGCGUCGUCCUAUAUGAGACUGCAUAACUCCCCCUCCCCCUCAUUUGUCAUGCAAAAUACCCAAUCCAGACUUUUCCUCUUGGUACUGUUUCCAUGACAAGUUCUGGUAGCCCAAAUAGCACUAAAAUUAUAAUCCAGUGCAAAUUUGUCAUGCAAAACCGGUAUUCUUGCUGAUGCUUGUAUUGCUGUUCAUGCUACACAAAUGAGGGGGAGGGGGAGUUGUGCACUGUCAUACCCUACGCCAUGCACGGCAUCGACACGGUCGACAUUGAGACCAAAGCCGGCUUAUCCUGUGCAAAAGUAUCGUACUCGUAGUAAUUGCAAACAUGCAAGACAAUUUUUUUUCCAAGCCAAAUCAGCAUGAGAAAUUCCAUUUGCCAUGCUGAGCUAAUUUGUAUUGCAAUACUACGAGUGCGAUACUUUUGCAAUGCAUACGGCUACGGCCAGUGGCUGCGGCAGUCGCGCAUCCAGAACCUGACCAAAGUGAGUUUGCCAGCCAGGAGCUGGAUGACGGCAGAUCUACUCGUGCACCCCAGUAUCAAAUGCAAAAAUGUCUGGGUCUGCAAGGAUGCGAAUUUGAUGUCGUGCAGGUUUUCCAAGACACAUGAGGUGUGUCGUACAUAAUCUAGCAUGACAGAUUCUGCGCGGCCUCUAUCAUGCCUCGCCUGCAUGAGAAACCGCCUCUCAACUUGGUCAAAAGUGGGCAGCUUUUGGUAAUUACGCAACACAGAUUUUUGCACUAUCCAGAAUUAGCAUGACAAGUUCCAGCGUUCCAGACCCAGACACAUUUGCAUUUGAUACCCAGGUAUGGAUUGCAAAAGUGUGAGGAGCAUCGUACUUCUUGGGUGGGCGAGAAUAAGAAUUCGCAUGAGGAAUUUUUCCCCAGGGAAGGAGGAAACGUGAGACUUGAUGUUAUGCAGAUCUGUCAUGUCCUCACCCUGAAAUUCAAAUUGAGUAGCGUACGAAAGUUCGGUACUUUUGCAAUGGAUACCAGAUUGGCGAGGUACAGAACGACGAGUCAAGACGAAGAAGGAGCAGCAGCUGCGGGGGGUUCGUCAUCUUCUUUCACAACUCAUCAUACCAGCAGAAACGCGAUAGAGAGGGUGCACGCCGGAGAAGAUAGCAGGGUGUGGCGCAGGCGGCAUUCAGAGGAGCGGCAGGAUGAGGAAAUGUGGCUGAAAGGAGGUUCUUCCGCGAACGGGGGAAAGGGCUCGAGUUCGUGAGGAUUUCCAUACUAUGUACAGCUUGUAGUAGUUCUGUAGUACAGAACGACAACGCCCACGACCGACCGCGCCCAUCUAGAGAUAGACUGGGCUGUCUCGCCUCUGCUUGCCAUCGAGCAUCUUGCUUUCAUCAUUUCCAGAUGCAGAACCACGUUUGAACGAUACAACAACACUGUUUCCGACAUUUUCGUUGCAACACGCGCAUUAGAAUCUCCACAAAGCAGAAAAAGUAAAAGAAGUUCGAGGACGAGAUGAAG